AUGUCUCCAGCUUCCACUAAUAUAUUCACGUUAACCCACGGGUCCAACUUGCCAGACCUUUUGGAAUCCAACCAAAAAUGGUCGUCCAAGACUACCGAGGAACAUCCCGCGCUGUUCCGCGACUACAAUGCUAACGGCCAGGCUCCCCACACUCUGUUUAUCGGGUGCUCGGACUCCCGUUACAACGAAAACUGUCUGGGCGUGAUCCCAGGCGAAGCCUUCACUUGGAAAACCAUCGCCAAUGUAGUGCGCCAAGACGACCUCACGUGCCGCGCCACCUUGGAGUUUGCCAUCAACGUUUUGAAAGUCAAUAAAGUGGUGGUCUGCGGCCACACUGACUGUGGUGGGAUCAACACCUGUUUGCAGCACAAAAGAGCGUCUCUGGAAGGCGGAGAGAACAAUCACCUGUUCCAGUACUUGCAAGACCUAGACGACUUGUACCACGAGCAUAAGGCAGAUGUUUUUGCCGCUACGGACGACGUCAAGACCCAGAGCCGUCUACUGUCGAAGCUAAACGUCGAGAGACAGGUAUCAAAGCUGCUGGCCAUUGACACCGUGAAGAGUGCUCUGGCACGCGGUGAGAUACAGGUGUACGGCCUUCUGUACGACGUGGCCACCGGUUUCGUGGAGCAAGUCUCCGAGACCACUGCUUGA